AUGCUCACGGAUCCAUCAGCACACCUUGCAGGCCGACACAUCAGCCAUCCGGGCCCCCCGCCCCCUCACUUCGGCCCCGCCCCGCCUACCCAUGGCGUCGUUGCGCCUCUCUACCCUUCUCUAACGGCGACUCCCGGCCCAGCCGCGGGCGUAAAGCGGCCCCGGCCCGAUGAUCUUGACCUCGGUGUCUCCGGAAUGCCCGAGCUCGGACACGGCGAUCUCGAGUCGAUGCAACAAGCUCCUCCUCCUCCGAUGGGUCCCCCCUACGGGCAGACGACGGCGCCGCCUCCGCCGCCGCCAUCUGUUCCGCCGACGCAUCACCAUCAUCGAUUGCCGGAGACGGGGCCGCCCGCGAAAAUGAUGAGACGGGAUGGGGAGGGCGGUAGCUCGUCUGGGCAUCAUCAGAGUAUGGUGGGGCAGCCGGGUAUGCCGCCUCCCGCGGCGAGGCCGAAGGGGCCUAAGUUGAAGUUUACGCCAGAGGAUGACCAGCUGUUGAUUGAUUUGAAGGAGAAUAAGAAUUUGACGUGGAAGCAGAUUGCGGAUUUCUUCCCGGGGAGGUCAAGUGGCACGUUGCAGGUGCGGUAUUGUACUAAGUUAAAGGCGAAGACGACUCAGUGGACGGAGGAGUUGGAUAAUAAGCUUAAGGCGGCCAUUCAGGACUAUGAGAACGAAAAGUGGAGGAUCAUAGCCAACAAGGUCGGGACGGGCUUUACGCCGGCUGCUUGCCGCGAGCGAGCAAUGCAGUUGUUGGGCGAGAAUGCCGUAUAG